CCACAGAAACAAUCAUCUCUCUCUCAGUUUGGAAAAAAAUACUCAGAGAGGAGAGCAAGUAAAGAGCCGGGGAGCUUCCAGGUGCUUUGCCCCCAGUUAAAAGCCCAGUAAGGAGGACCUCUCCCUGCCUAAAGUCAGAGGAGUGACUGCUUAGUGAGGUUGAGUACCCUGCCUCUCUCUCCCUCUCUCUCCCUCUCUCUCUCUCUCUCUCUCCCACUCUCCCUCCUACUUUCCACCCUGAACAGAGAUUCAGAAGGUGCGUCUGAAAUCUACUUGUAUCCAGCCUGGAGAUCAACACCACAAGGACCUUUCACUUCACUGCGAAAGCACAUGGACUUAAUUUUCAGCAGAGACGGCAAUAACAGCAAAUGCCACACUGGCACCUGCCAAUGAGAACUACGGCUUUCUCUCAUAUUUUGAUUUUUUCUUCUGGCCGCAUGUAAACGAUAUUUGACUGUGACUGAGUGCCAAGGCAUACCCGAGACUUUCCUGUCCAUAAUUUUUGCUGUUUCUCAAGAGAUGAAUCUCUGAAGACGAGACCCACCUGCAGAAAUUACCUGCCUGAGAAAUUUAAACUGAGAUUCUUCCUCAAGGGUGAGUUUGAAGCUUGUGACCACAGAGGCCAAUGACAAUGUUGGCACUGCUCUGUGUCCUGUUAACUUUGGGGAAACAUGCCAUGGGUGGAGGUUACGCCCCCAUGCCACAGAUGAAAUACAUGCAGCCCAUGAUGAAGGGGCCCGUUGGUCCACCAUUCAGAGAAGGAAAGGGCCAGUAUCUUGACUUUCCACCAAUGAUGGAAGUUAAAGGGGAGCCAGGUCCUCAAGGGAAGCCAGGGCCAAGGGGACCACCUGGGCCUCCUGGAUUACCAGGGAAACCCGGAUUAGGAAAACCUGGUCUAAACGGUCAGCCAGGUCCUCAAGGGCCAUCAGGAUUCCCUGGAAUCGGAAAGCCUGGCCUACCAGGUUUACCAGGAAAAAUAGGGCCUAAAGGACCACCAGGACUCAAUGGUGAGGGUGGUCUUCGUGGAGAGCCAGGUCCACGGGGACUGCCAGGUCAGCCAGGCCCGCCUGGGCCUGCAGGUCUGUCAUUGAAUGGCAAACCAGGGUUACCUGGGACAAGAGGCCCACCCGGUUCAAGAGGUGAACCAGGACCUAAAGGAUUCAAUGGUAGUCCUGGAGAACGAGGGCCACAAGGAGAAAAUGGCAAUGGCAAGCCUGGUCUGCCUGGUCCCAGGGGGCCCAAUGGCCUUCCGGGACCUCCAGGAGCUCCUGGUGUCCCUGGGUUGGGUAAACCAGGGAUUGAUGGGUUACCCGGACAACCUGGGCUAAAGGGAGAUAAAGGACUUCCAGGGGAACAAGGUGUCCCUGGAGAGGCUGGGCUUCCUGGACUUCAAGGGCAGCCAGGGCCACCUGGCUUAGGAAAGCCUGGGAAUGAUGGUGUACCAGGUAGUCCAGGCUCAUUAGGGCCAAAAGGUGAACCCGGCACUAGAGGACAACCCGGGUUUCCUGGACCUCCUGGCUAUGGUAAACAAGGACUUGUUGGACAAAAAGGUGACAGAGGUCUUGGUGGAUUACCAGGAGCACCUGGUGACAAAGGUGAACCUGGGUUGGAGGGCAAACCAGGAGGUGUGGGGCCAACUGGACAGCAAGGUCCUCCAGGUCCACAAGGCCCUAUGGGUCUUCCAGGAAAACAUGGCAUACCUGGUCUAAAGGGUGAGCUUGGCCCACAAGGGCCCCCAGGCUUGCCAGGACUCAGAGGAGAUCAGGGUCCCAGUGGGCUAGCAGGAAAACCAGGCCUAGCAGGGGAUAAGGGCCUUCCUGGUCUCAAUGGAGCCGCAGGAAAGCCAGGGCCUAAAGGUGAACCAGGUCACAUUGGUUUGCCAGGUAAUCCUGGUUUGAUUGGAGGACCAGGUCCAAAAGGUGAGAAUGGAUUCCCAGGACCCCCUGGGCCACGUGGCACAUCAGGAAUUCCUGGUCUUCCAGGCCCCACUGGUCACAUGGGACCACAAGGUGUUCCAGGGUUGAAAGGUGAACUAGGUCCACCAGGGCCCCAAGGACUUGGAAAGCCUGGAGACAAGGGGUUGCCUGGUCCACAAGGACCUCCAGGAAAGCCUGGCACUCCUGGACUUAAUGGUAUGCAGGGCCCUCCAGGUCCACCUGGACCUCCUGGGCCCCCUGGCCAAUCUAAUGGUCCGCAGACAGCAGUUCAAGGGCCAAGUAUUGAAGGUGGAACCAUUCACAAACCAGGUGUUGAGAAACCACAGUGGGGUCAAGCUGAGCUCUCCGCCAGUGUGGCUCCUGCAUUUACAGCCAUUCUGACUAAACCAUUUCCACCAUCUGGAAUGCCGAUCAAAUUUGACAGGAUUCUCCACAAUGGGCAAAACGCUUACAACCCUGCCACUGGCAUCUUCACAAGCCCAAUUCCUGGAGUCUACUAUUUUGCUUAUCAUGUACAUGUAAAGGGAACCAGCCUGUGGGUGGCACUGUACAAAAACAAUGUGCCAGCCACAUACACCUAUGAUGAAUACAAGAAGGGCUAUAUGGACCAGGCAUCAGGUAGUGCAGUACUGGAGCUGAAAGAAAAUGAUCAGGUUUGGUUGCAGAUGCCCUCUGACCAAGCAAAUGGCCUCUACUCCACUGAGUACAUCCAUUCGUCCUUCUCAGGGUUUCUCCUGUGCCCCACAUAACAGUCCAUCUUACCUGUGAAGUCCUUGCUUAAGUGCCUUGCAGUAACAUCUGCAAUAAAAGCAACUAGAUGACAGGAAAGACUUACUGAACGACACAGAGGAUGGAGAAAGUUCAAAACAGAGGAGCCUCCCUGUUAUAACUCUCUCUUUCAACUAUCUGAUUUGAUCAUUGUUUUUCUUUUAAAUGUUGUUAUUUUCUGCCUAUAUUUUAUAAUUUUAUUAUAACUAUUAUAUUAUUUUGGUUGAUGUUGUUAUAUUAUGAUGUUAUUUUAUUGAUGUUGUUGUUGUAGUUGCUGUUGUUUAUUGGAAUCAGACUUAAGUACUUUGCAAUGCGUAAGUAACCAGUUUAAGACUUACCCAUGUGACUGCACACUUUGCCAAAUGUUAUGACUCCCAUUGAGCUCCAUCACAUUGACCCUGGGGUUAUGUUUUCCCCUGGUUGCAGUCAUAUUUACAUCAAACCCCUUUCAUUUUACUUUCAUGUAACACAAAUGAUACUUGAUCAGUGCAACAUUUUAGAUUUCAAACAUAUACAAUCUGUUCAAACAUUGUUUGUACUCAGUAAAAUCACUAGUAAUGUAAAGAGCAAAUCUCUGUUCAAUAUUGUUUUUCUCAUUAAUGCCAGAUACGUGAAUUUGUUUAGUGAUAUAUUUUGUUUGAUUUACUGUGUUAAAGCGAUGAUGACUGUGUGCUGUGUUAUCUGUUUCUGUGACAAAACAUUGUGUUAAGAAAAGUACAAAAAUAUUACUUGAUUUUAAAGAUUUCAUUGCUGAAAACAUAAAUCAGUUCUGGUCCUGAAGGUUUAAAGAGGACUGCAAUAUACCAGUGCCUGUAUUUACAAAACAAAUAUGCAAAUUCUGUUACUUUCAUACUGUUUAAAAGCACCAAAAUUAAUGCAAAUUAUAUUAAUAUAGGAUACCUAUAGGACUACUAGUAGAUUAAGAAAACAUGACAACAUGAUUCUGAUUUUGUAACAAAUCAAAGUAUUGAGAUUGAGUACCUACAUCAUAUUUCACAUUCCUGCAUCUAAACUGUAAUGGCAUAUUGACUUUCUAUUCACAUAUAACUGAGUUUUCACAUACUUCUUUGACGUACGCUGUCAACAACAUGAUUAACACGUCAAAAUCAAAUUGAACAAUUAUGUAUUAUAUAUUUGUAAGGUAACAUCAUUUGGAACAUCAUUUAAAAGCUUUUAUUUUUGAAAGAUAAAUACAUAAGUAUCACAUCAGCAUGAUUGUCAAAUAUUGCCCUUUAAUUCCCAUCAGAAAGACCAAAUGAAACAAAAGUGCACUCAAUCUCUUUCCAUACAUUAUUUGUUGCUUAAAAUGGAGAUUUCAUUCACUUUGUAUUUUGUUUAGGCAACAGUUUAUUCCUAUUUCAAUUUUCACUUAUGGCAAAGGGGGUGUAUUUUAUGACUUCCAUAUUAACACUGUGAUGGAUAUUUUCUACGAUAAGUGGACAUUGUUUGUGUGCAAUGGAUUAAGGAUUUUUAAAAUUAAUUAUUCUACUACAGUAUAUCUCAAAAUUGCUUUGACCAUGGUGCUACUUUUUGAUGUUCAAAACAAACUAGGAUAAAAGCCUUGAUUCUGUUCCUAGGGAUAUUUGAUCAUUAUCAAUUAUCAAAUUUAAGGAAACAACCAAUCCCAUUUGCACAUGAACUUAAUAAAGGCGUAUUUAUACAUUAGUAAUAGUCCAAUACAAAAGUCCAGCCACGGAAACCCUAAACAUACAACUAAUCUAUAUUUAACAGUAUUGAGGAGAUAGUAGCAUGUAGUCAACACGCUACCGUUGUUUUUCUUUUUGUGUAAUGUAUCUAUCAAUCUAUAGGACAUUAUGUCUUCUACAUGGCUAUUGCAUUUACGUUAUGCAAUCCAUUUUAGGGUAUUAAAAUGCACUCUUUUGAUUGAACAUAUUUUGUCAGCUUGUACGAAAUCUGCAAGCAGUACUGUACUGAUGCAACAUCAAUAAAGAUUUUCUUGAUCAA